AUGCUCGACCGCAAAUCAUUCAAGAAGGUCAUUGCCAGAUGGCAGCUGCAGGAGACAGAGUCUUCACGGAAGCCCAGGAAAGACAAAGCCAAGAGACCAUCGUAUGUGACUUUCGGCCUAGUCGAAGGCCAUGGAACCGCCGGUACGACCACUCUCGAGGGCCCACCUAGGGAGAGAAGAGAAGUGUUCACGGUCGAAGGGACCACUGCAAUGGCUGGUGCCUGGUGA